UCUAAAAACCCAUCUUUUGUUCAUGUUUUUUCCGGAGACUGAGUUACAGUAGUUGAUAUGGAAAUCACAGAAAAGAAAACCAUAUGGAAAUCAGAAGAAAAAGAAGAAGAAGAAGAUGAUUCAAUGGUUUCAGCAACUGUGGGCCGAGUCAUGACCAUUUUACUCACCGCUCGGCCCACCAAACUUAUUGACUCUAUCUCUCGCCUUCAAUCAUCCCCCAGUCCUCAUAAUCCACUUUCUCUUUCGUUGGAGAACUCGUUACAUAUUCUUCAUAAAUAUGUUCAUGAUGGGGCUGAAAAGGAACAGCCAUUGGAUGAAAUUCUGAUUCCCAUGAUGGAGCAUUCAUUGAGAAGUAAAGAUUCAAAACACAAGAACCAGGAGAUGAUUCUAAUCAAUUGGCUCUUUCAAGAUGAAGUUCUUUUUGAAGCUUUAUCACGAAAGUUUUCUGAUAUUUUACUGAGGAAAGAAGAUCAUCAUGUUGCUUUAUGUUGGUGUGUCCUUGCACGCCGUCUCAUAGAGUAUGAAGUUACCGUGAGUCGGUUUUCGUUAGCUGGGUUGAAGGAAAGGUACUCUGGAUUUUUGGAAAGCCUCUGCAUAUGCAGCGACCAUUUAUUGUCUCUGAUAAAUGAUGGGAGCAUUUUGCAGGGUGGGUUUGAGUUACCAACCCGUCUUGCACUGGCUGCAGCCGACUGUAUUAUAUCCCUUAGUGUGGCGUUGACAAGGAAGGAGAUGGCUUUUGACGCUUCAAAAACUGUUAACAAAUCACCUAAAUCUGGUCAACAAGAUCUGCAAGGUAUAUCAAUAGGCGCUAUUGGUGGCCAGAAAAAAGUGAAUGCAAUCAGUCCAGCUUCUGAAGUCACAAGGGGUACAGAAACGAGCUUGUUGCUUUGGAAUCUUCUAGAUCUUCUCAUUGUGCUUGUUCGGAGACUCCUUGCCUGGAGCAGGAAAAGUCGAUCUUUGCAUGCAAAAGGAUUAGAAAGAGUUUUAAAAUGGUUGAAUGAGACAAAAGAUCAGUAUCAUUUUAUGCAAGAUCAGGCAGGUCCACAGAGGGUUAAAACUGGAAUUUUGCUUCUCUCAUCUUGUUGGAAACACUAUGGCAUCCUUCUCCAUUUGGAAGAUCAUCAUCUUUCUAAUCGUCACAAAGAAUUACUUGAACAGUAUUUGUCUGGCAUUGAGUAUUAUGCAGGAAACAUGAAAGUUGACACUAAUGAUCAAGACAGUGGAAUUGCAACCAUAAAUUUUUUCAUGAAUUGUUUAUUACUUCUGUUAGGACGUUUUAGUUCAAAGCAAUUCGAUACUGCAAUGGUGGAACACCGGUUAAACAUUACUCGUGCAGUUGCAUCACAGCUCUGUUCAGCUGAUGAUGAUGUGAUUGGUGGUGCUAUUUCGAUUUUAAAAGCAACAAUAUUUGGCACAAACCAUCUUGCAUCUGGACACAGCCUCACAGACAGUAAACAGAUGAAAUCUGUGUUACCUUUACUUCUAAAUCUUUUGGAUGAACGUGAUGGCACAGCCAGGGCUGUUGUAACAUUAAUUGCUGAGUAUUGUUCCAUGAGUGCAGAUAGUUAUUGCCUUGAACAAAUUCUAAAACGUCUUACUAGUGAAAGUACUGCUCAAAGAAGGAAUGCUUUAGAUGUUAUUUCAGAAGUCAUCACCAUUUCAUCAGAUUUAGCAUCUACCCUUUCCGAAUCUACGUGGCGGGAUAUAGCAAACCAUUUGCUAAACUGUAUUAAAGACGAAGAAGAUAUAAUUUGUGCACAAUCAACCAAACUACUAACAGUUAUUGAUCCUUCAUUGGUAUUGCCUGCAUUAGUUGGUUUAGUUUACUCAGUGGAUGCAACAUUACAUUCCUCUGCUACUUCCACAUUAGUCAACUUGCUCACAUAUCACAACGAGAAACCUGAGGUUGUUUCCAUGUUGCUAGAUUGUCUAAGUAAUCUCAAUACAAGCUCGGAUCAUCAGAAGACUGCAUCAAACCACAUUUCGGAAGGGUCAAAGGGAGAUGCUGAUAGAAUUCUGAAGUUGAUACCUGAAUGGGCUAGAUCUGUCAAAAACUGGAAAUUGUUGAUUGGGCCACUGGUAGACAAGAUGUUUGCUGAGCCAUCAAACCCAGUUAUUGUCAAGUUUUUAAGUUAUAUUAGCGAUCAUUUAGGAGGUGUAGCAGAUAUAGUCUUCCAACAAAUUCUGCUACAUACAGAAUCACAUACAGAAAUUGAUGAAAGCUUCUUGAGUGAACUGGAUAUGUCCCAUACUGAAAACAAUGUAAAGCUGCAAAAUUCUCUCUUUGAUCGCCUUUGCCCACUACUUAUUAUAAGGCUUCUUCCGUUGAAAGUUUUCAAUAACCUGAAAUCUUCUCUUGUUUAUGGUGAUCAUCUUAGUCUGAAUAAUAACAAAUACGAUACUAGUGAUCCGCGGUGUAUUGCGGCUCUUCUUCUAGAAAGGGCAUUUAACAAGCUUGAAUUCGAAGACGUUAGAAAACUUUCGGCUGAGCUGUGUGGGCGACUUCAUCCCAAUGUUCUCUUUCCAGCUGUUUCAUUUGAACUGGAAUGCGCUAUACGUGAUCGUGAUAUAUUGAAGAUAAAAGCCUGUCUCUUCUCAAUUUGCACAUCUCUAGUGGUUAGAGGCAUGGAGUCUGCAGGUCAUCCAGACAUGUCCCGAGUCAGAGAUGCAAUAGAAACUGUGCUUUUCUGGCCAUCCAGAGAUGGCGAUGAAAUUUCAAAAGCACAACAUGGAUGUAUUGAUUGUCUUGCAAUAAUGGUCUGUACUGAGCUUCAAGAUGCAGAACGAUCAAAAAAUUCAUCAUCUAAGGGAAAAGGCAUCAUGGGAAAGGGAAAUAGCGACACUUCUACAUUUCUUGCUUACGUGCUUGACCGAUUGACUGGGCGCGAGCAAAAAAUAGUUUCCUCCACUUGGGAUCCGCUUAAUCGUACGUCAGAGAAACAGUCUCUCUCAUUUAGGCUAUGCAUGGCCAAUGUUCUCAUCAGUGCGUGUCAGAAGAUUUCGGAUUCUGGCAAAAGACCAUUUACUUCGAAAAUUCUCCCAAGAAUUACUCAUUCUGUUUGUAAUGUAAAGGAGCCCGAGAUUAGAGCUGCAUGUAUGCAAGUUCUUUUCUCCAUUGUGUACCAUCUGAAGUCUGUUGUCCUUCCAUACUCUUCAGAUCUACUAACGGCCUCUGUGGAAUCUCUAAAGUGUGGGUCAGAAAUGGAACGGAUGAGCGGUGCCAAGUUACUAGCUUCACUGAUGGCAAGCGAGGAAGGUAUCGUUGAAAGUAUUUCAGAGGGAUUGUUAGAAGCAAGAAGCCUACUUUUAAGUAUAUCUCAAACAGAUCCUUCGUCAAGUGUUAGACAAUUGUGCACACAAUUGCUUGCAUGUAUGACUGCUUCCUAGAUCUUCUUUGAGUGUGAGCAAUCUGUUGAAGAUUACCACUUUUGUUUGUAAAUAUAAAGAUAAGGACCUCUGCCUAAGGCAUGUUGAUUGCAUAUCUUGGCUGAUAACAAUUAAUGAGGUUAAAUUAUGUAAACAUCUCGUGAAUUGUUGAAAUUUUGUAGACAGUAAUGACAUUCUUCUUAGCUGGAA